GCUCCAACUAGCAACAGAAUGAAGCCCUUAACCUUGUUAAUAUCAGUACUCGCCGUACUGGGCGUGGCUAACGGCCAGAAUUCGACCAGAGACGGCAGAAGGAAUGCAGCCUUGCUGCGCUUACAGCGCGACCAGCUGCAGGACCAGUUGCGCGGCUUAGUCAUCGGACUGCCGCUUGACAUCAGCUUCUCGGCAUUGACGUACAUUUGCAGCACCAUCAUGGAUCUGGGUCUGGUGCAGUCCAAAAUCGUGCCAGACAUGUCGCUCAUGAACUUCCAGCUGCGUCCCGAUGCCUGCACCAAUAUCAGCAUUCCACUGACCCGGGCCAGCGAGCUGUGGGAUACACCAGGCUUCGAUCAAGACAAGCCGACGGUUAUCUUCAUUACCGGCUGGCACUCCACCAUCAAUAGCUCGAACAGCGGCCCAGUGGCCAAGGCAUUUGCCUGUCGCAACGACACAAACUUUGUGGUGUUAGAUGCAGCCAGGUAUAUAAAGACGAUUUAUACUUGGUCUGCCCUGAACACGGAGGCCAUCGGGCUCUAUGUGGCCCAGGCGCUGCUGCAGCUGGAUCGCGAGUAUGUGACAAAGCACGUGCACAUCGUUGGGCACAGUCUGGGCGCCCAGAUAGCGGGUGCAACUGGUCGCAACUAUAAGCUGUUGACGGGCGGCGCAAUUUUAUCUCGUGUCACCGGCUUGGAUCCGGCCAAUCCGUGCUUCUACGAUGGCAACGAGCUGCCGGGCGUGCGCAGAGGCGAUGCCGUCUAUGUGGACACCAUAACCUCCAAUCCGGGUGUAUCCGGCACUUCCGAUAGCCCGGCCGAUGGCAACUUCUUUGUGCAAGGCUUGGUCCCGAUCAAGUCCGGCUGCAGGGGCAUCGACGCCGUGAGCUGUUCGCAUCAGCGCUCCGUUGACUACUACGUGGAGUCCGUGUAUCCCACAAAUACGGAAAACUUUGUGGGCAGACGCUGCGACCAAUAUGUCGAUCUCUGGACUGGCGACAACUGCAAGAGCAGCGACACAGCCUACAUGGGCUAUGCUGCCUCCGAACUGGGCAUGUUCUACGUGGAUGCCAACGCAGCUGAGCCCUAUGGCACCAACGCUAAUCCGGACAGCUUCACAUCAACCAACAGCGCCUGCGGCCUGUGCAGUGCCGAAAACUAAACGGCCUAGCAGACGGGGCAAUUUACGAUGCUUCCGUCAAAGUCUAUAUGUAACCAGUUAUAAACCAUAAUCAAAUCAGUGAAUAUUAAAGAAA